GACAUUACAGCUGCGCGUCAUUGAUGUGCUGAACACAGGCUCCCACAAUGCCGCGGUGACAGUGAAGCUGUCAUGCUUGUGUUUUGCUUUGGUUUUUUGUUAUUGUUUCGAGUUGGUGGAGCGACAGAGCCCGAAGAGGAGAGCACGACUUCAUCGCUCGUUUUUAUGUCAGUAUUCUAAAAGAACCGAAACACCGGUAUCUGGAACAGAGUGUGCGUAUCUGCUGAAGUGAGCGCGAGCAAGGUAAGCGAGACAUCGGAGCUGGUCGAGAGACAAAGUGCGCAGAUGUCUUUUGUAGUUAACAAAGCCUGUUGUUGUCUUGGCUGACGUGCACGAGCGGCGCAUGGACAAACUUGAUGGAGCUAAUUAUCCCCAAACCGGUUCAGAUCUUCAUGUUAUGACAGCGAUGACACGGGUUUUCUCUGCUAUAAGCUUGCAUCUACGUGGAAUGCACAGUUUUCUCGCCAUGUGCUGCUGCUGUUGGGCCUCAAGCCUCGUGCUGUGCAACAUGAACCCACCGAAUUUCGCCUCUGGUCUAUUCCUUUUUCGACGAUAUAUAACCCAUAAAAAUGUUAUGCAAUACUGAUACCAAAAAGUAAGUUCCUUGUCACCUCGAUUGAGAUGGCAUAACCGAGUUAGAAAACAACACACCCCUGUGUUUAUACUAAUUUAUGGACAGUGUCACAUGAGAUCUAUAUACAGUAUUAAAAGUGACUGAAAAGCUAGACUAAACCCACGAGUGCAGCACAUGAACAAGUUUACAGCUUUCUCUAAAUAUUUGUUUCUCGUUAUAUAAUCAGAAUCAGAAUCUCUUUAUUGUUCAAAAGGGAAAUUAGUAUUGCAGCCGGAGCACACAAAGACAGGGUACACAGUGACAUACAGUAAGAAUAGUCUAAAUGUCAAACAUGAUUUAAAAAAAAAACACACACACAAUAAAAGAAACACUAUACAUUUACAUAGGAUCACUAAAAAAUAAUGUUCAGUACAGAGCCAAUACCAAAACUGGAAAGGAUAGUAAACUGUAAAAAAGUGCGAAAAUGCAAUAAACAGUGCAAAGAAGAACAUGGGCAACCUAAGGCCUCAUUGCCAUUCGGUAAAUGAAUCGCACUGGGGAUAAAUGAGAUCUAAAAUCUCUUAGUCUGAUAUAAGUCGUCUAAUUAGUCCUGUGAAUGUACCAUAAAUACAGAGUUACAUAUAAACUGAAGAAGACUUCAUACUCAACAUAAUGCUAUCAGAACUAAACUGCUGCCUGUAAGCCACACGUGUCUCUAUUUGAGGCUGUUAACUGCAGGAGAGAAUUCCUUAAAAAACGACCCACCGUGUAUCUGUCUGUGGAAUCUGAGUCUCACACAUGCUCGAGGCCCCACACAACCGCCAUGCUCACACGUGAUGGUGUACAAUAGCAAAGGAUGUUGACGGUGACUGAAAUAGCCCAAGUGGCAAACAUGUAGUAUGUCAUGGUGCUAUAAGGCCAUCCACUUGUUGAGGUUAAGUACUGAGUUUAAGCUCAGUCAGGGUAUCACCUUACUGCUAAAAGAAAUCAUCGUGGACUUCUGUCUUGUUUGUUCUCAAGCUCUCACCUCUUACCUAUUUCACAAUCUCAUCUAAUUAUGCAUGUCAGUAUGUACUUGGCACUUGUUGAAAAAAUAUCUGAACGAAAAAAAAACACUUGCCAUUUUGUGCAUUGUUUUCUUUCCUGUAGGGGCAACAUAGUCCGCCAUUGUUUUGUGUUGCCAUGGAGAAAGCUUGGCAGGUGGAGUUCAGAAAUGUAGGCUGCAGUUACUUCCCUCAGAGCAGAGUCGACUGCCACUACACACUAAAAUCACAGCACAGCUGGACCAACAGUGACUGGAUAGGGCUCUUCAAGGUAUUGUUAUCAUGAGUACUGUCACAAAACGGAGAGAAUAAUGUGUUCAAGCUGCUAAAUAACCAUGUGUGCAUGUUCUCUUCCUCAGGUGGGAUGGUCAUCUGUGAGGGAGUACCACACCUUCGUUUGGGCACUGGCCCCGGCUGACUACCAGGAGGGCACAGAUGUCAACUGCUGUGUGCACUUCCAGGGUACUCAAACCCGUGUUUUCUAAUUGUAUUUAAUUUCCCAUAGUUAGUGAGAAUCUAUACCAGAGCAGUGCUUACAUCUGCACAUUAAGCUGUCAGCAGGAGAUUGACGUUCCUGUAAACUGAAUCGCUCUGUUGUGUAAAAGGCCGGUGAUUGAGUUGAGUAUUGAGUUGAGCACAAUGCUAGUUAUUUCUACCUUAUAGAGUAUUGCCACUGGUGUAAAAAAAAGGAACAUAUCCGGUUCAGAAAACAAGUAUCUCUCCUAGAUUGUUCUCUGACAAAGACUCAGUCUCUUGUCUUUUGAAUGCAGGAGGUUGAGUAAUGUGAAUGACAAAGACAAUGGUCACUGCCGGGUCUCACUACCAGUGCUCAGUAGAGAAUACAGUGUUCACUCUGUCCUGUCCGUCCAAGGCAGCUGAUAAGACUGAUUCAGUGCGGGGGUCACGUGUGCAGCAGGUGUGGCAUCGACCUCUGACAAAGUGAUUUAUCACUAACUACAACAUAUGGUCAAUGUCACUCUUCAUUGGAAGAAGGGUAGAGGAGGGAAUGUUAAAAAAAAACUGCUGAUGGUUUCUUAUCAGUGAUGAUGUAUUGACAAGGUUCCCUGCACAGUGGCCUGAGCCGAUACUUUAAGUUACAAUACACCUCAUAAACUCUGCCGCAUGUCAGCAUACCGUCUGGUCUAUUUACUGCACAAAAGUUAUGGAAUAGAAAUUCUUAGUAAAUGACUCUAAACAUGAAGUUACAGCCUAUGUGAGAUAAGGAUGUUAUUUGAUUGGCUCACUUUAUGGGUUGGAUGGAGUCAGAGGUUACAACCAGCUGCUCUCUGGUCAGACUGGGAGGCGGAAAGCAAAACAAACCAGUUUCUGCUUGCUGGGGUGAACACAAAGAGAAGAUUGCAUUGUCAAGGAUGAUCAACACAUGUUUACAAAAGCAAGUAAAUAAGAAGUCAGACAAUUACCUUUUCGGACUUUUUCAUUUUACCCCUGUGAACUAAUGUCCUGUAAGUUUAUGUGUUAAGCCUAGUUUUAUACAAACACUGGGAGACACUCCUGGCUAUGGUUCUUGGGUGUGGUAAAAGAAAAAACUAAUUUAUCACCAAAAUACUAUUAUUGAGGACGGACAGUAACAGUUAUUGUGCAUGUGAUUUAAAACUCAAUUGUGACAUUACAUAACUGUGGACAUUUGUUAUUUUCAGCAUCCGCAAAUAACUUUAAAAAAAGUGUGCCCCUGAGCCUCCUGAUGUUUUCAACUCUACACUAGAAGCAAUAAUAAAUGUGAUCUCAAGACAAAAUUUCAUAUUGACAAACUGCAGUACGUUGGAAAAUAGAAAGUAGAAUUAGUGAUCGUGCUGUUGUGGCCUACUGGGAUGCAUCGAAUUGCCCAGGAGUUCAUAGUGUUGUGGCUACUUGUUCGUCAGUAUUAACCAAUUUAAAAAAAAGCUCCAGUGAAUUAUAACUUAAUUUAACACCUUACUAUUCAUGGAUGUCAUUUUUGGUAGGAUAUGUGUUAACAAGAGGCAUAUUUGAACGCAGUUUUAUGAGCAGUAACUUGCUAAAUACUGUUUGAUUUUUGAGAAAACAUUAGCUAGCUUGUUCUUGACAAAGCGUAGCAUACAUGUUCAACAACUGCAUUUUGGGGUGAGACAAAAGUAAACUAUCAUUCUCCUUUGGCCUCAGUUGUUGCGAUGUGAGGCUUAACACAACUACUGAAUCACGGUACAGUUACUCAGUUGUCUAAAAUUUUAAGGACACCUGCAGGAAGUAAGCUAGCUCUAAUACUGGACCGUUGAGGUGGUCUGCCAGUCAAUGUAAGCCAUAACCCUACUCAUUUACUAUUUUAAUGGAAGAAUAAGAAAAGUGAAACUCACCUGAGACAAGUUCAGCUUCUUUGCCAUAGAUAGGGUUGAUAGGGUCCAUUUCAUGUGGGUCAUGUCAAACAAAACAUUAGCUAAUAUGUGCAUGUGACGCCAUCUUUGAUCCCUCACCUGUGCAGAAGUGCUGCCUCAAGGGAUCAGCAGCCAUAUUGUAAACAAGUUGCACAAUAGUCCACUUACAGGGUUUCUGCAGGUUUCAACAAGUCAAUGAAUACAAUUUCAGAUCCAUAUUAUAUCCAUACUGGCAAAAAAGUACAACAGACAUAAAGGGAAAUCAGAACAUUUUAAACUAACUUCAAAUCAAUGUUUAUUUGUAGGUAUCAUUGAUACAUUUUUAAGACCUUUCAAAUUUGUAUUUAAGACAUUUUAUGAGGUUUUAAGAGAAUUUUAGACAUUUUAAGGCCUUAGAUAAAAAUUUUUGGAUUUUUGACAUUUUAAGACUUUUUAAGACCCAGCAAAAACCUUUCUCAAAACUAUUUAACUAUAAACAGAAAUUAAAGAAUAACAUUUUUAAGGAUUUAUGCACCAGGCUAUUAUUACUUAAUACUGCCAGACUGUAAAGAUAUAUGUAAAGUUAUGUUCAAAGGCAGUUAGCACCCUCCGAAAUAGAAUAUAUUUCCUUCAGUCUACUUGUUUAUCUGUUUUCAUUGUACAAUUAUAUCACCAUUUCAGUUCAUUAAUUGUCCUUUUCUUCCACUCUCCUCAGCCUCCUACCUUCCCAAGCCUGGCUCUCAAGAGUAUGAGUUUGUAUACAUCGAUGCUAAAGGAGAGGUGUGCUCCUGCAGCUCAAAGUUCACGUUCUGUGCCCCCAAACCCCUGGAGGAUCUGGUGACCCUUGAAGAAGAGCCCCAUGGAGAGGAGGGAGGCACAGACAUGUUACUGGUGGUGCCCAGGGCUGAACUGCUGCAGGUGAGCGGGACCAAAACAAAGCAGAUUAACUAGACAGGGUUGUGAAGGAGGGAGUGUAUUUAGUUUUUCUAAAUUUAUGUGAGCCGAUAAAACGCAUGUGCUUAGAAAUCGAUGUUGUCGUUUAACACCGGCACAAACAGACUUAAAGCACAUUAAUGAUUUCCCUUCCGUCUCUUUCCAGAGUCGGCUGCAGGAGUGUUUGCGAGAACGGGCUGAGCUGCUGGAGGUGCAGGAGGCAGCAGACAGGCAAAGGGAGAAAGAGAAGGAGGUGUACAAGAGAGCAAGGGAGGCCUGGGACAGACAACACAGAGAGCUGGAGAGCGAUAUUGUGAGGCUGCAGGAGGAGCUGUGGCAGAGUCGAGACAGGAUGGAGAUGAUGGAGAAGAAGCAGAAGGUGGUGUAUAAAUUUAGGCAAAUGACAGGGCUAGGAUCAUUUGAUUAGCCCCAAUUUGCAUGUUUCCAUUUCCCUACUCUCCUCUUAAUUUGUGCUCAUAUUCUCUGAUCAAAAGCUAAAGCCUAUACUACGAUAAAUCCUGGUCUUUUAAAUGUACAGUUUCUAAAUAAAGUGUUGUUGUAGUGAUAUGAGGAUGGUUAAUGGAAGAUAUUUCCUCAUGGGUGUCUUCAUCUAUAACAUGGUAAACUAAAAUUCCACAUAAAAUGCCUCUAAUCUGUUAGGAGGAGAGGGCUUUAGGAGAAUCACUGGCCCAGGAGAAAAGCACUUUACUGGAUGCGAGGGAGGAGAGCAAAGUGCGAAUCAUAGAGCUGGAGGAGGAUAUCAAAGCCCUGACACAGAGGACUGUGGAAAGAGAGACAGAGUUGGAAAGGUAUGACAAAUAAUGUCGCCUCCCCUUAUUCUUCUUUAAGGGCUGUGUGGGUCUCAGGGAUACUUCUGAUUGUCAAUAACCGAAUCUGUGUGUGUGCAGGAUGAAGGAGAGAGCUAAGAGGGCUGCAGCUCAGAGAAAAGAGGAGGAGAGUGAGAGAAAAGGCCUGCAGGUAAUGACACGACAAAAAAUGCCAUAAAGUGUAAUCAAAUCUGUCUCUGUUUUUGCUUUAUCUCCUCUUUUUCUGUCAUUUGUUUCCGUCUUGCAGACUAAGUUGGAACAAACAGAGAGCGAGUUGAGAAGUCUGUCCAAGGAGUUUCAGGGCCUGAGGACUUCACUGGCCCAGAGAGACACAAGUGUCCUGCAGCUCCAAAGCACCAUCACCACCCUGACCCAAAAACUCACCACCGCCCACAGGAAAGAGGUCUGAUCGGAGGGUCAAGUUUUUUUUGUAAACAGAAUGAAAGUCUUACACACUUUAUUUGGAACUACUUCUUGAUACCUCUUAAUUUGGAACACGUAGUCCUCAACUUUAUGAUUCUGGCAUACCUUUAGAUUCAUUAUGUGCUUUAUGAUACUGUAUGUGUCCAUGUAGGGCUGGGCGAUAUGGCCUCAAAUCAAUAUCACAAUAUAUUGAGCAGUUCACCUCAAUAACAAUAAAUGGAUGAUAACUACUUCACAAACUGCUCACCUUUUCCCACAUUAACUUUGUCCACUUCAGCAGCUACAACUUUUGAACCAUCCUCCAUCUUCUCAUCUGUCUUUCCCUCUUUGUUACGGAUCAACAUAGGACAGUGUCUUAAAGGGACGAGAGCAUAGCCUACCUACACACAUCCAAAACUAACUUUUAUUUAUUUGUUUGACACCAAAUAUAUUGACAUGGGCAAAAUGACAUUGGUUAUUGACGUAAAUUUCGGUAUCUGUAAAUCUUCGAUUUAUCGCCCAGCCCUAUGUCCAUAUCAUUAUUUCUACAAACUUUGAUAGAACUGACUUAAAGUACGACCUAACAGUCAGUGUCAAUUUGUAGUUUCAAAGCUGGCAUUUUGUUGCAAACCAUUUUCCUAUGUAGCCAACGCAACCUCUUGCUCCCUUAUGAUCAGGCUGAGAGUGAGACAGCCUGGAAGGAGAUGCGCAGCCUGCGGGAGCGUCUGAAUGCCAGUGAACGCGCUGCAGAGGGUUUAAGGAGCGAUCUCAGUGCCAUGGUGGCCCAGAGGGAUCAGGGGCAGGCUGAACUGCAUCAGGCUCGUCUGCAGGCCGCCCAGCUUACCCUGCAGCUGGCUGAUUCCAGCCUGGCCCUAAGAGAGGGGAGAGCUCGGUGGACCCAGGAGAGGCAGAGUCUGCAGCGCAGUGCUGAGGUAUAUAGUACAGAGAAUCUGAAGGGGAAAACAGAAAAAUGUAACAUAUUAUUGGUCUGAUUUUUAUGAUCCUUUGUGGCAGGCAGAAAACACUCUCUGAAGUAAAUAUGCUUUUAUCUUGUGAAUGUGUGUUUUAACCCAACAGAAGGACCAAGAGCGUGUAGAGAAACUCAACAUAGAGAUGCAGAAAAUGGAGGAGAGGCUUCAGGAAGAAACCAUGGAGAGAGUCAAGCUGGAGGUGGAGCUUGGGAGAGAACAGGACUGUAACAGGGUAACAAAAUCAGCCAAGACCUAAUAGCAACUAAUCUUUCAUGUUUUUUUUGUGAAUAGCUUUUAGAAAAAUUGAGAAAAUCAAAGAGAUCCAUUUGCUAGAUUCCCAAAGCUUCUCAAAACAUUCCUGUUCUGGUGCUAAACACUGUAGCUUUCAUGAUUCUUGUUGGCAUAAUGGUUGCUUCACCUGUUUAUGCUAAGCUAGGCUAACUCUCUGAUUUUCCAUCGACCAAACAGAAAUGAGAGGUAUCAGCCGUCAUCCCCAACUUCACCUUCAACUUCUAUAAUGAAAUUCAAAAUAUCCAAAAAUCUCUGCAGGGUGCUAUUAUUAUUAUUAUUAUUAUUAUUAUUAUUAUUAUUAUUAUUAUUAUUAUCGUUUAAUUGCACUGAUAAUUACUCUGUUUACAACACAGUUGUCAUUCUAAGCUUACAGCUUCUUUUUCAGUCGUCUGACAUAUCCUGUUGUCUUCUGAUAUGCGCCCCUUAGGUUCAACUGAGUGAAACUCGCAGGGAGCUCCAGGAGCUGAAGGCCAGCCUGAAGGUGGCACAAAAGGAGAAAGAGCAGCUGAACGCAGAGAAACAGGUCAGAAAACUUUCAGAUGAGGAGGAAAUCCUGUAUAAUAAUGUUUUGAAAUGUGUUUACUCCUGUGUUAUCACUGUAAGGAUGCAGAGAUACCAACUUUAUGACCUGUUCUGUAUUUAUCAGCUAAUUAGGCUUGAAUGUUAAUGAAAGGCCUCUAUGGAUUAACAAGUAAAUCCUCGCUGUUUUAUUCUAAUCAGCUCAUAACUGCAGCACUUUACUCAUUACCUGCCUCAACUUUGUCGAAUUGCGCAAGAUUUUCAACCACUUAAGUCAAGUCCCACUAAGGAUAAUAAUUGUUUUCUAAAAGCUCUGUAUAAUUUCAUAUAAUGUAUUCAUACCCUGAAGCUUACUGGUGUAUCAAAAACACGAGUACAUGGGGAUCGUGAAUGUCCAGGUGUUGGAAAUCUUCUGUCUGUUGUUGUCUUCUUGGUUGUUAUUGUGCAGUAUAAAUUGUUUAUGGUGCCGUAUAAAUCAGUGGAUUUCAGGGCAGCCAGUGCUGCUGCUGUUAAAGUGCCUGCAGAGUUUUUGUUGGCCUGCCACAUCCACAUUUGCCGGCUACUGGCAGAGUGCAUGGUCAAUGUUUUUAAAAUCAGUGUCCAGCUUAAUUUUAACAAGGACCAUAUGGGAGCAUAGCAGGCAAUCUAUGGCACAUCAUAAAUCAAACAAAUGUUUCACUCUUCAUUGAACAGCGAUAAUAAUAUUUAUAUAAUAGCAGACAUUGUGUUUGUGUGUUUCCUGUGUAACGGUUUUUAUGUUGCUUUGGCUUGAGGAAGUAGGACAUCAUGAGGGUUAUGAGGGUGACGGCUGUGAAGUCAUGAUGAAAGUCCUGCCCGGGUGUGUGAUAUGAUGGCUGUAUUUUCCACCACAGGAGUUGAUGGAGUACAUCUGUCAGCUGGAGCAGAAGAUGGGUGCGGCGGCUGGUGCCAAGUGGAACGCUGCCCCGACUGCUUCUACAGGUGAAUGGACUCACACAUUAAUCUACUGUAUGCCCUGCAGAUGUGAACAAUAAAAGUGCUCACUAUCAUUCAACAGCAACACUAAAUAUUGUUCUGAGCGGCCAGUGUUGUAGGAAACAGCAGCGGCUCUCUGAGGAAAAGUGAUCGCUUUUUUGUUUCGGACUGGCAGGUCAGCCUGGCAGCGCGUUUUCGGACUCUGAAGAUGAGAACCCCGAGGCUCUGCAGCCCCUCCGCCCAGCCAGACCUCUGGGACACUACAGCCUGUGCGAGCAGAGCGAGCCAGACUCCCUGCUCCUCGCCACCCCUCCUCCUUCCCCCCGGGAGAUGGAGAGGAGCGCGGUGGUCAUCAACCAGCCAGCCCCGCUUUCUUUGCCACGCCAGGCAGGCACUGACACACUGGCACACAGCUCUGACUCGGUGAGACCUGCUAUCUGAGCCAUUCAGCGUCACCAUUGUGUAAUUAUAUGUGAUACUGAAAAUGAGCUAUGUCCUCCUGCUGAUAGCUGCGUGCUCCAGUUAAACACAGGCAGUGGAUCGUUUGAUACAGACAUUAUCUCCUCAAAGCAAUUAGGUUGCUAGUCUGCAAGUUAUUAGACUGUAAUAGCUGCUGGACAGAUAUGUUUUAACUGUGCGUGCCUGUGUGUGUGUGUGUGUGUGUGUGUUUUGUUCUCCGGUGUUAAGGAGGAGGAAUCUGAUCCUCUUCAGUGUGGAAGGCACAGCUCUGGAGAGGAAACGGUGCUUUUGCUGGCUGAGCACACAGACGCUGUCCUCAGGUACAACCUCACACGCCAAGACAUGCACAUAAGAGAGAAAAAGGCAUUACUUUCAACACAUCAAAAUAGUUAUGCUCCAUAAAAUGCCCCUGAUUCAAAGGUAAAUGCAUUUGUUCACGCAAAUCAGAUUUAUUUGCAGUAAAAGUCAUCAGUUUGAGGAGGAGGUUUUUCACCAUUUACUGUAAGCUGUUUAAUAGCUGUUAUACUCAAAAACUACUUUGAGGUAGUCAUAUUUUACCAUGGUAAUUCCAUUUUAUGCUACUUAGGACCUCCUCCACAUCCUCCAGAUGGAAAUAUUUAACUUUUCAAUAAAAUAUAGUCCACUGCGAGGCAUCCAAACAGUUGUGCCAAAUACAGUUGGCUGGUUAUAUACUCCAGAUAUAUAUCAUUUUGGCUGUGACCUUUUGUCAUGUCAUAUUUCCUUAUCAAGAGCUCCACCAGAGGAGGAUUUUAUUUCUCAGAUAGUUUCAUCUAAAUCAAAGUUGAAGGCACAAAGACAUAAUGUGUUGAAUCAAAAACAAUAGAAGAAGAAAUGUCCCUCCUGAAAAGUUGUGAAGUGUAUUUUUUUCUCCUUUUUUUCCUUCUUUUGACAUUUUUCAUCUUUCUGUUUCCUGCCCCUUCCAUCAUCUUAAAAUCUCUCAGACAGUGUUUGUUUUAUAGGCAGGAGAGCACAAAACGCAACCGUCUGUGAUGCUGCACUGUUGUUUAGUGCUUCAUCAUAAAACAAAAAUCAGACACAGAGGCGAAUUUUUCUGAGACAAAAAGUUUGACUUCUACUUGAUGCAUAGAUUUGCAUUCUAAUUCACACUUUUUCUCAUAUUGCCGUUAGGGUUCCUUUGCAAGUAUGGAAAGUAUGGAAAUAAAUUUGAUCAUUUUCCAGGUCUUAAAAAGUAUGGAAAAUUAAAAAAUGAAGUAUGGAAAAAUAUUUGGUAACACUUUAUGCAACACCUAUCUCUGUAACGCAUUCUAAAUAUAUGUAUAAUACGUUAUAAUCACAUUAUAGCACUGUAUAAGUAUAGUUAUAAACACUCAUAAAUGAUCAUAAUGCUUUAUAGCAAUAAUCAGAAUACAUUAUAAAACAUUUCAUCAUGACUUACAAAGUCAGAUAUUAUAAUGUGUUAUAACUGUUAAUAACUCACUAACAAUGCCCUCAUAGAUAAUACAAUGCAACUGUUGUUAACAGUUAUAACACAUUAUAAUACCUGACUUUGUAAGUCAUGAUAAAAUGCUUUAUAAUGUGUUAUGAUUAUUGCUAUAAAGCAUUAUGAUCAUUUAUGAGUGUUUAUAACUAUACUUAUACAGUGCUACAACCUGAUUAUAUAACACAUUAUACAUAUAUUUAUAAUGUGUUAUAGAGAUAGGCUUCAAGCUAAGUGUUACCAAAAUGAAAAAUAAAGUAUGGAAAAAUAUUUGUUUCCAGACUAUUACCACAGUUAAAAGAUAUUUCCAGAAAUAAAUCCAAAAAUAAUUCUAAAAAGUAGGGUACGGAAAAGUAUGGAAAUUCCAACAGUGGAGGAACCCUGUGCCUUUAAUACUAUUAAUGUUAUCAUUACAUGUCAUGUAGAAAUAUUUGAUUUUGCAGUUGUACUAUUGUGUCAUGAAAACCACUGCAGGUGCAUCCUCCAAAAAGUCCAAAAAUGAAUGAGCACAUGGACCUGCUACUUUUCUUUCCUUGUAUCACAUUGUAAGAUUUAGGUAACCUUGUAUACCUACUAAUGAGAAGAACGGCAAGUGACGAUUUUAAGUAUCACAACAAAUUGAGCACAGUGGAAGAUUUAAUGUUCAGAAACUGAGAUUUGCAUAACUGACUGCAUAUUAAAAAAAUCUUUGAGGCCAAACAAGCCAACAAAUUUCUUCCUGUCAUGCUGGCUAGUUUUAAACUCUAGCAAUGCAUCAUAUUUUAUGAUGCAGUGCAGAACUUGAUUUGUGUGUAAAACCUUACUCUGCAAAGUAAUAUGUGAGCAGAGCUGCAAAACAAACGCUGUGGAGUAAAAAAGUAUCACAUCUCCACCCUAGAUGAGGAAAAAUGUUCCAAAAUAAAGGAAUUAAUUAUUUUUACUCUUACUCCAACACAAGUAAGUGUGCCUAGUUACUUUUUACCUCAGCUCUCACACAAAAAGGAUUUUAUGUGCUCACUAUGAAUUCAGAGCUCGCUAAUGCACACAGACGUGUCAUGUGACUUAUUAUUUAUGGCGACAGGGCGAAUAUGGCUGGAAGAUGGAAGUUUUGAAUAUGUGCUCGUAAAAGAAGUUGAGUCAGGGUGCGGCGAGGGGGAGGCAGCGUGAGACAGAAGAGGGGGCAAGAUGGGAGGACAAGGGGACAGAUAAGUUGACAGCAAGCUGUAGCAAUGAUUUACCUGAUGGGUGUACCGCAGUCACGGGCCAAUUUUCAGCAUCAUUAAAGCUCUCUCUCUCUCUCCCUCUCCCACUCAGCCGCUCUUUUAGUCUAACCUCCUCUUUCAACCAGAAUGUGUGUUUUUUUUUUUUUUUUUUUUCCACCUUUUUCAACACACACGCACUCUCUGCUUUGUGUCUUCUCUUAGUGAUCUGGCCGACACAUCGCUAUGGUAACCUGUGGACAUCCAGGCACAGCCCAGUGAGCGAUCAAAAAAAAGAGAGAAGUCGGACUUUGUGGGAGUGAAUGUGCUUCCACGUUAUCUCCACUUACAAGCACAAACACUACACUCACACAGACAAAUGUUAAUAUGCAAUUUAUCUUGAUCUGCUUUCUGCUGCAAACGUUGAUUUCUUUUUUCUUCUUCUUCUCGGACUGUUGUGUUAUUGCUCCCGCUGAAUGACUUCACGCUCGUGGCAGCAGGUCAACACCAUCUUUAUGGCUGACAUAAGACUGUUGCACAGUUUUAGGCUCGGGCUCUGGUGUUUGAGAAUUUGCCGGCAGUAGCUGAGUGAUUCCUGUUGAAUCAUUGCAUCGCUGAGAGCUUUACGACGGAUGUUAUGUCGCUUUUAUGACAUUUGUGAUUAGGAGUCAUGACAGGCACUGUAAUUAUGAUGUUUUGUGCAGGGGCCCCGGCUCCACUGGAAAUCAUGGCAAAACUCCGCUUCAGCUUUAAAUCCUCCACAGCAGCUUCGAAACACUAUUCAUAACAGCAUAACGUAAAUGAUACGGCAUCACAGCUAGAGUUAUAUUGCGGUAAUAUAGGUCUAUGACAUCAUAUUUCUCCUCCAUUUACUCAGAACUGAGAUUUGAUAUGCACUUUCUUGUAGGCAUUAGUGGUUGAUUGUUGUCGCGCAGAUGCAGUUUAGGAGAUUUAGCAAUGCAGAGGCGUUUUUAGAUGGACAAGCGAUGGAACUAGAGAGCUUAUUGAACAGAUUGUGUUUAAAGUCUAUGAAGAUAAAUGCCAGAUGCAACUUUCUACUUCAAUAACUUCAUAUCAUUAUUAUAAAAAAACGCUCAUAAGGCUUUCACUCUAGAUCAGCUGCAGAUUUAACAUGAUUAUAAUCCUGGACUUCAUUGUUAUUACAAUAAAAUGCUAAUUUACAAGCUACUCAGUUGGAUAUUUAGCGUCGUUACAGUUUAUAUUGUACAGAAAUCUUAUCAUACACCCACACAUCUCUAAAUUUGUGCCUAAAAUGAUUUAAAAAAAUAAAAGAAAUCAUCUUAAACAAAUCCAACAUCCUUACAUGUUGUUGGUGGUGUUCCUUUCGCCCUAUGGCAAAAUACUGCCUAAUAAAAAUGGUUGCCUACCUUUUAAUCAAUACUGUAUGCAUUUUUCAUGAUUUUCUAUUUAUAAUUAACUUGAGUUAUUCUGCAAGGAGAUUAUAUUCGGAUUUUAGUUUGAAAUAGGUGUUUGUUUCUCACACGACUCUUUGUGCAAUGUGUGACAAAACUUUCCCUGCCUGGCUCUGAGGAUUUGCUAGACACUUUGAUGCUUGAUUUUAUCUGCUGUAUUUGCACCCUAUUUUUACUAGAGAAGAGAUUUUAGAUAAAAAGUUGCUAUACGGAUACUAAACGUCUUUACAUCUAUCAUGCGUCUUCUUCUAAUCAUUAUCCUAAUCAUUAUCGUGGUGUGUUGUGUUUACGCAUAAUGUAAACUUAAUGUCAAUUUUUUUUUUGUUUUACCGUAUGUUUUCGAAUACUCACUCUUUUAAGGUUUGUAUUUGGGUUAUUCUGUUGCGAGGUAUUGGUGCUAGUGAAGGAGGAUGUUACCAGCGUGUUUAGUUAGAAAUAAAUUGACUUUUAUGUCUGAAAAGAGCUUAAGCAGGAAGGAUAUGAUUAAACAAAUCGUGAAAGGAGUAAACACAUUCAAACCUCUCAUUUACCUUGUGUCAGUGGUGGUGUUACAGCAUGUUAACUCUCCUUUUAUAGAAGUAGACAUAUUAUAAGGGAGCUUGGUAUUCUUUCCUGAAGGAUAGCACACUACAUGUAUUCUCCAUCAUCUUCGUUUGUGGUUGUAAUCUGACUUUAUGUCUCAAGGAACAUUUUUUUUGUCGUCCCUCUGAGAGCACCUGCACUCGUCCCCCAUUGCAAUAAAGCUCUCGUGGUUAUGGUUUGUUUUGAAGUUUUGUGUGUGACGGUUACCCCACAUGUACGCCACCCCACCUUGUAUUUUCUUAUCAGUCAUGUAACAGGGGUUUGGGCGGGGUUCUGUAUAAUAAAAUGGUUUAUGUAUCCAUCA